AUGGCUGCUGCUAUAGAGACAAAACUCUAUGUAACUAAUUUUCCGAGUUCAGCUACUCGACAACAAUUACAACAAUUUUUUUCACGAUUUGGUCGUGUACAAGAAUGUGCGAGUAAUUUGGCAGUAGCAGCUAUACCCGAAGGUUUACCAAUUGUAGUAACUGUAACAUUAGCACUUGGUGUUCAACGUAUGGCAAAACGAGAAGCAAUUGUUAAAAAAUUACCUAUUGUUGAAACACUCGGAUGUGUAACAGUUAUAUGUUCAGAUAAAACAGGUACAUUAACAAAAAAUGAAAUGACUGUUACGAAUAUUUUGACAUCGGAUGGAGAUAUGGCUGAAGUUACAGGUUCAGGUUAUGAUGGUGAAGGUGAUGUUCUAUGUGGUCAUGAACGAGUAACUUAUGAUUCUCAUCCAUUAAUUUCAAAGAUAGUUGAAAUUGGAGCUGUUUGUAAUAAUGCUGAAAUAGUUAAUUCUCAACUUCGUGGUCAACCAACUGAAGGUGCUUUACUUGCUAUUGCCAUGAAAAUGAAUAUUCCUCAUCUUCGUGAACAAUUUUAUCGUGAACGUGAAUGGCCAUUUUCACAUGAAAAUAAAUGGAUGGCUGUACAAUGUGCACCAAAAUAUAAUCCAAAUGAAAUACGUUUAUAUAUUAAAGGAUGUAUUGAACAAAUAUUAAAAUUAUCUAAACGAUAUUUACAUCAAGGAGCAGCUGUACAAUUAACAGAUGAAAAACAUCGAGAAUUUAUGGCAGAUUCAAAUCAAUUGGCAGCUAAAGGAUUACGAAUUUUGGCUAUGGCUACAGGAACUUCAUUUGAAGAUUUAACAUAUGUUGGUAUGGUUGGAAUUAUUGAUCCGGAACGUCCACAAGUUGAACAAGCUGUUGCUCAACUAAAAGCAGGUGGUGUUAUUGUUAAAAUGAUAACAGGUGAUGCUGAAAAAACAGCAAAAGCAAUAGCAUUGCGUUUAAAAAUUUAUCAUAGUAAUGAUUUAUCUGUAUCUGGUGAAGAUCUUGAUCAUAUGAGUGCAGCUGACAUACGUAAUAUUGUUUCACAAGCAUCAGUAUUCUAUCGUGUUAGUCCAAAACAUAAAUUAACCAUUGUUAAAGCAUUACAAGCUCAAGGACAUAUUGUUGGUAUGACAGGUGAUGGUGUUAAUGAUGCUGUUGCACUUAAAGCAGCUGAUAUUGGUAUAGCUAUGGGACAAACAGGUACUGAUGUAUCUAAAGAAGCAGCUGAUAUGAUUCUUGUUAAAGAUGAUUUUUAUACAAUUAUGUAA